GAACGCGCAGGCGUAAAAAGUUAGUGUUUCUAUCUGCACCAGAAAGGGAAGGGGGAUUUAAAACCAGGCUGACAAAAAUUUGAAGGGUUGGAAAUUCUCCAUAUCCACAAUCAAUUGUUUUAUCGAAGUUAGUUUGUUGUAUGUUUAGAAUAUUUACCCGGUCGCUAGUGCAUAAAAUUCUGCUUACUAAUUUUAGCUAGCAAGAAAGUUGCUUAAUUGUUGGCUACAAAGAAAGCGAACUUGUCUAAAUUUGUAUUUAUAGAGGAAUAUCUAGCGUUUAACUAUAAUGCAAUCAAUGAUUGUUGACAUUAUAUUUAUCCAAUUUAGCUGGCUAGACAUUCUGCACGUGACUACUGAUUUUGGAACGUUGGAUCACAUCAAACAAUAAUAAAACGGAGAUAGCUAGCGUACUAUCUAGCUUGUUAGCACGCUAGCUAGCUAGCUUCCGUGCUUGUUAGCUAGUUGUUCGACCAGCGUGCACAUUACCUCCGUUACCUUGUGGAUUCUUCUAUCAAGAUCAUUAACUUGACCUCGUUAAUUUUGUACAGUGGAUCUGUAUAUAUUUGUUUUGGAACCAGCUAGCAGUUGGCUAAUGAUGGGGCKCCGACAUAGUUAGCCGUCUGAUACAAAUCAUGGGAGGAUGUGUUGGGAGAGAACGCGAGGACACACAGGGCCACGGUUCAUCCAGGAGCGGUGGAAGGACACACCGAAAACGUGGAGGUCGCAAUGAGCCCCUCAAGAAGGACAAGCCCAAGUGGAAGAGUGACUACCCCAUGACGGAGGGCCAGCUCCGCAGUAAGAGGGAUGAGUUCUGGGACACGGCCCCGGCCUUCGAGGGACGCAAGGAGAUAUGGGACGCCCUGAAGGCGGCKACUGUGGCCCUGGAGUGCAACGACCACGAGCUGGCCCAGGCCAUAGUGGAUGGAGCCAGCAUCACACUGCCUCACGGGUCCCUGACAGAGUGUUAUGACGAGCUAGGUAGCUGCUACCAGCUGCCCGUCUACUGCCUGGCCCCUCCGGUCAACCUGAUCUCCGAGCGCAGCGAUGAGGACCCCAGUGACAACCCCGAGCCCACCACUGCCCCCAAGAAYGAGUUCCAGCUCAAGGUGCGCCUCUCCACGGGCAAGGACCUGCGCCUUAGCGCCAGCAUGGCCGACCCCAUCGGGCAGCUGAAGAAGCAGCUGCAGGCCCAGGAGGACAUCGACACGGCCCACCAGCGCUGGUUCUUCUCGGGCAAGCUGCUCACGGACAAGACCCGCCUGCAGGACACCAAGAUCCAGAAGGACUUUGUCAUCCAGGUCAUCGUCAACCCGCAAGCCCCCAUUAACUAGGUCCCAGAUGAGAGUAGGAGUGAAGAGGAGGCGGGAUGGAGAGACCGGACUGGAUAAGAGGAACCCUGGAUAAUGGCUUUACCGCUGCUCUUUACAACGGAGAGGUGAUUUGGGGAAUUCUAAGAGAUGAGUAACAGAAGGGAGAGACUCCAAAGUGCUGCUUUUCAAUGUCUACCAUUAAAGAGUGUGAUAUAUAUUUUUGAAUGCGUCACUUCAAUGUGGGAGGGUUGGUUGGUCGAUUUGAUUGAUCUAGCCAGACCACUCACUCUGAGAAGGGUGUUCUGUGUCACUCACCACACUAACUCRGGGGUCACACUGUCCACUGAGACCUCUACCCUCCUCCCCCUGCAAAAAUGACCCAACCCAAAUCACAGCAGAAUUCCCCCCCCCCCAGAUGUGAGACACUGCAGGUGUGAACUGCAUGGCAUGUGRAAGGGGUCUGCGCCUGCACUAACGGUAACUAAGUGCCAAUAUAAAUCGCAGAGUAAUUUGGAUCGGUUGUAAAGCACAUAUCCCCCCCCGUCAUAGAUUCCUACCAUGAUCCUCCCUCAAGUGAAAUACAAACUAUUUUUCCUAUUCUUUUAAUAAGCUUUUUUUGCACACUUGAUUAUACUUGCGUAGUAGUUUGUGUGCCUUCAAGGAAGAAAGCGAAACAAAAUCCUAGGGGGAAAACUCUAGUUUUACUGCUGAAGUCUUCUGUCUCUAGAUUCAGGAAUAAUCUUUUCAUAGAUCUAUAAAAAUCCGAAGUAUACUGCUGCCUUUUUCGAUCAUUUGUCUUGUCAGUUGUUGAAGUUCAAGUUGACUGUGGUGUUUUCAUGGCUGUUUUCCACGUGUUGUCCCCCACACCUAUUUUUGUUGUUGUUGUAUGUACUGUAAAGUGACUAUGAUUAGAGCCCCGCCCUCAUGCUGUGCCACAUAACAACCCCGAGGUGAAAUGUGAAGCGUAUGCCUCUGUUUUUAGUAUACAUUGAGUG